AUGGAAGAAUCCCUCAUCCUCUCCAAAUUCGACCACCUCGUCCAAUCUGGCCUCGUGCUAUACGACGACAAGCAACAAAUCAUUGAGCGCAUUGACAGUGACCUCAAAUUCCAAUUUGUGCUCACUUCUGCUCUCGCCAAGAAACCCACCCUAGCCACCACCCCGUCCCAGCCCGAGGUCGACACCCAAAGAUCCGAAAGCCAUUUAGUGAUCGUGAACAAGUUCUGCUUUGCGCGGCCCCACCUCAUAGUUCUCACGUUUGAUGGAUACAAAAGACAGUAUGAGGCGCUCGACGAAGCCGACCUAAACGACACAUGGCAGAUCCUGAGCUCCGCGGAGAGGGACUACGUUGCGUUUUACAACUGCGGCCAGAAUGGCGGAUGUAGUCGGCUGCAUAAGCAUCUGCAGGUGAUGCCCUUGCCAGCAAACAGUUUUGCGGCGUUUCUUGAUUCUUCCGAGCCCGAGAGCAAGGUUCCAUUUGAGUGGUUCUAUCGACGCUUCGAGGGUGAUAUGACCCCCACCACGUUGUUCGGAGUUUACAAAAACCUGCUGGAGGAGGCCACGAAGGUGGGCAGGGACUAUACGGCAAGUGCACCGCCUGGGGCAGUCUGUCCGCAUAAUAUGAUUCUUACCAAGAGAUGGAUGAUUGUGCUGCCUAGAAGACGAGGCGCGGUUAAUAAGGAGGCCGGGGUGAAUUCGUUGCGCAUGCUGGGGGUAAUCGCCGUGGCUACGAUGAAGGAAAUUGAUAAUUGGGUCAAAUUGGGUUUGACCGAGUCCCUGGCGAAGCUGGGAGUUCCCAAGGGAAUAUAA